CCUAAACUGGUCGUCUUUGAGAUUUUAUUUUGAAAGUGUACGCCGGAAGCUCUCUACCGGAAGCUCGCUGGCUCGUAGCCACGUGACGCGCUCGGUGUACGGUGACAGCCGGAGAGGACCGGAGCGAUGUGGGCUGUCUGACCGCGACGCGAGCCACAGCGGACCGGACCCUCUGGACGGAGGUGUGGCGAUAAGGCCCGACAACAAUAACCAUGGUGACCAGGAAGAUCCGGUCUGAGUACAUGAAGAAGUUCAGGGACCCCAAACUGGAGACGUUCUCCCAGAGCUACGAGGACUCCCUGAAGUACCGGCUGACCCGGCGGCUGCUGGAGCACUCGCACCAGCCCUGGUUCUGGGAGGGCUGGGAGGGCUCCGAGUCCAGCGGCCGGUCCACGCCGAGGCCGGCCGGGAACAGGAUCGCCCCGCUGGCCCUCCCGCCGCCGCCGCCCGCGGAGGAGGGGGAGGAAAAACGGGAGGCGCCCGGCGCCGGGUCCAGACCGCCCGGCGAGGACGGACGGGCCGAGCUGCGAGGAGGCGACGCGGCCGUGGACGCAGUAACAGACCCCGGUGUGAGCCCCUCUGAGGACCCGGAGACGGACGCCGGUCCGGUCUUCUCCACGUCCUCCGACGGGGAGCCGGCGGUCCCGGCACCGAAGAGACGGCCGCGCCGCCGCGCCGCUCGGCCCGAGGCGGGGCGCCGGGUCGUGUCCCACGACGACGCGCCUGCCGGCGCCGUGGUGGCGGUCCGCAAGACGCCGAGAGCAAAGAGCCAACCGCCAAUCAGCACCAAGGAGAACCGGAGGCCGGCCAGCAGAACCGGCGCCGAGGCCCGAAGAACACAGAACCCCGGUUGCGUCCUCAGCCCCCUACUGUACUCCCUGUACACACAUGACUGUGUGGCCAGGUUCAGCUCCAACACCAUCAUCAAGUUUGCGGAUGACACAGUGGUGGUGGGCCUGAUCUCCGACAACGACGAGAAGGCCUACCUGGAGGAAGUUGCUGAUCUGUCACUCUGGUGCCAGGACAACAGCCUCCUCAUGAAUGUCAGCAAAACUAAGGAGCUGAUUGUGGACUUUAGGAGGGUACAACAACAGAGGACGUACUCACCACUGGGGAUUAACGGGACUACUGUGGAGAGGGUGAGCGGGUAUAAAUACCUGGGAGUCCACAUCACCGAGGAUCUGACAUGGUCAACAACACAGACACUCUGGUGAGAAAGGCAAGGCAGCGCCUCUACCACCUCAGGCAGCUGAGGAAAUUUAAAGUUUCCCAGAGGAUCCUUCAGUCCUUCUACUCUGGAGCUGUAGAGUGCGUCCUGACAGGAAGCAUCACAGCCUGGUUUGGCAACUGCUCCGCUCAGGACAGGAAGGCUCUGCAGAGAGUAGUGCGUUCGGCUGAGCGCACUAUUGAACUACACUCCCCACCCUGCAGGACUUGUACACCAGGAGGUGCAGAACCAGAGCCGGCAGGAUCAUGAAGGAUCCUCACCACCCCAACAACAGACUGUUUCAGCUGCUGCGGUCAGGCAGGCGCCUCCGUAGUCACGCUGCAAGAACAGAGAGACUGAGACGGAGUUUCUUUCCUCAGGCCAUCAGGAUUGUGAACUCCGACCUCACCAGGACCCCCACAUAGACCCACACAACUGCCCCUCUUAGGCACACACACACACACACACACACUUAGUGUAAAUAUUGUACUGUAAAUAUUGUGUUGUUUUUUAUUGUAAAUAGUGUGUACUUGUUGCCCUUGCACAUUCCUGCUGAGCAUUGCCACUUUCAUUUCACUGCACACCCUGUGUGUGUAUGUGACAAAUAAAACAUCUUGAAUCUUGAAUCUUGAAUCUUGAAAGUGAAGUCAGGAAACCAGAAACUCUUCAGACAUCAAUAAUAAAACACUGGUGUGCUUUUCUUCUCUCUCUCGCUCUCCCUCCCUCUCCCCCUCCCUCUC